AUGAGGAGCCUUGCAAUGACGGUGAAAGAAUGAUACAGGAAGUGACAGGUAGGAGGGAGAAACACUUCAACGUAGUCAGGUGAUAACCAGGUGCGGUGAUGGCAGCGUGGUUGGGCCGGGUGUCUCUGGGCGACACCUGGUACAACAUGUACUCCCGCCUGGUGCGAACCAAACCCGUGGGAUCCAUGGGUCAGAGCUCUGACGGCCUCACCGAGCUGGCGGAGGGAUCAGUGGUCAGGCUGGCCAAGGUCCUGACCACUGUGGACCUGGUGUCACUUGGGGUGGGCAGCUGUGCUGGCACGGGGAUGUAUGUGGUCGCUGGGCUGGUGGCGAAGGCAAUGGCCGGACCUGGGGUCAUCCUGUCCUUCAUCAUUGCAGCAGUGGCCUCCAUACUGUCAGGUGUGUGCUAUGCAGAGUUUGGUGUCCGGGUCCCCAAGACGACCGGCUCGGCCUACACCUACAGCUACGUGACGGUCGGAGAGUUUGUGGCGUUUUUCAUUGGCUGGAACUUGAUCCUGGAGUACCUGAUCGGCACGGCAGCGGGGGCGUCGGCACUGAGCAGCAUGUUUGAUUCUCUGGCCAAUCACAGCAUCAGUAACUACAUGAUACUACACCUGGGCACGUUCAGAGGACUCGGUAAGGGUGAGGACACGUACCCCGACCUGCUGGCCCUGUUUAUCGCCCUGCUGGUCACGGUGGUCAUCGCUCUUGGUGUACAUAACUCGGUGGGGUUCAAUAACGUACUCAACAUGGUGAACCUGGUGGUUUGGGUCUUCAUGAUCCUCGCUGGACUCUUUUUCCUCUCUGCCAGUAACUGGGAGGGAGGCAAAUUCCUGCCCUAUGGCUGGUCAGGGGUGAUGCAGGGGGCAGCAACCUGUUUCUACGCCUUCAUUGGCUUCGACAUCAUCGCAACGACAGGAGAAGAGGCAAAAAACCCCAACACAUCCAUCCCAUAUGCCAUCACCGCCUCGCUGGUCACCUGCCUCACUGCCUACGUGUCGGUGAGUGUGGUCCUGACUCUUAUGGUUCCCUACAACCUGAUUGAUGGCUCGGCUCCUCUCAUGGAGAUGUUUGAGGUGCACGGCUUCCUGUGGGGGAAAUACACUGUAGCUGUGGGCUCCAUAGCCGGACUCACAGUCUCUCUGCUGGGCUCCCUGUUCCCUAUGCCCAGGGUCAUCUAUGCCAUGGCCCGGGAUGGACUGCUGUUCAGGUCCCUGUCCCACGUGUCUGCGUUCACACACACUCCCACAUUGGCGUGUGUUGUGUCAGGGAGCUUUGCCGCCCUCCUUGCUCUUCUGGUGAGUCUGAGAGACCUGAUUGAGAUGAUGUCCAUCGGCACCCUGCUGGCCUACACUCUGGUCAGUGUGUGUGUGCUCUUACUGCGCUACCAGCCUAACGAACAGACUGACACACACCAGUUUACCUCUGGGGAGGAUGUGGAUGCACUGAAGCACCAGAAUGAUGGAGCCAACCACACAAAAGAUGACCAUAUGCUGACUGAAGGCCCCGGAGGUGAUGGAUCCUCGUCCUACCACAGCAGUGUGACUGAGGGGGAGGGUGACGACUCUGAUGUCCACACAGGCCAUGCCUCCCUGUUGAAAAGGCUUCUAGGAGGUCAUUACUUCACUCUCCGGCUGUGGCUGGGAAUGCCUGACGCAUCCGCUCAGCCCACCCCUGCCACCGGCCGCAUAGUGACCCGCUGCACGCUCCUCCUCUUCUUCAUGUCCUUCCUCCUCUGGUCAACCAUCAUAUUUGGUGUUGAGCAGGGAACAUGGGCUGAGGCAACAUUUUCAGGUCUCAUGGCCACUGCAAUGGCAGCAUCCAUGGCAAAGCUUUUGGUUAGGAUUAUCCAGCAGCCAGAGAGCACGCGCAGCCUGCCGUACAUGGUGCCCUGCGUGCCUUUCGUCCCUGCGGCAGCCAUACUGGUCAACAGCUACCUCAUGCUCAAACUGUCUGCACUCACCUGGGCCAGGUUCACCGUCUGGUGCCUCGUAGGUCUGCUGAUCUAUGGUUGUUAUGGAGUGUGGCACAGCACUUUGGAGCUGAACACCUGCGAGCAGCAGGUGCAUGCCAGCUCCUACCAGCGCUACGACGACCACCUCGACGACACCUUCUCUCCUGACGAUGACCUUUACCCCCAAGAGCAGGAUGAGAGGACCUACCAGGGCUGGUCUGCCCCCGAGGAGAGGGGAUACCACUACCAGCAGCAGAACCAGCACCAGCAGCAGAACCAGUACGAAGACCAUGAGGGACAGCAGUUUGAGAACCAGUACGAGGAUAAUGGAGAUCAGUACAGACACCAGCAUAUGAACAGCAGGUCCACAGGAAGUACCAAUCACGGGUUUGAUGCAGGUGUAGAGGAGAACUGAGUGCAGGAGGUUUCCUAGUCUGGUUCAAUGUCACAUAAAAGCUCCAAAUAUAAAGACAUAAAUAAAAACUUUGAGGCUGUCUUAUGGCAUGUAAGAGACAAUAAGUGAAAACAUGUUAUGUUAAUAAUUCCCACUGUACCUGUCUCUAGGUCUGCUCUGUGUGGAUGUGUUUUCUUGAAUAUCAGGAUAUAGUGGGCACCUCCCAUGACAGCUGCGUCACUGAACGAGGCCCGCAGCAGCUGCAAGAGCUUCACUGAAUUCUGGUGUCUGUACCCGCUUCUCUUCAUGCACCAGCAACUUGACAGCAACAGUAAAUCUCCACCAACAUCUGAACUGCAUCCUGGUCCUUAAGCUCAGGCUCGGUUUACAUGUUUGUGAGACACAAGUGGCCUUGCACAACAGACUUUCCUCCUGUGAAAACAUCAGUUUAGUGCUUCUCCUCCAGACAGUAAUCGGCAAACUUUCAGUCAUGGACCAUUCAGACUAGUAUCAGCCCGACACGAACCCCCUUCUACUUGUCACCUCACAAUCACUGCAACAGAAGAUAAGGCCCUGCUGAUUAGAGUUUGACCAGCCUCCAGUAAGCCUGUACAUUUUCACAUCUACCUGAAAUAACACAUCUCCACCAGUGUAGCCCCUUGUGGUGUUUCAAUUUGAAUUCAUAUGGACAGAUUCUGAGUGAGUGGUGGACAUAGAUGUGUACGAAGCACACCUCCUCUGCACACGUAGAUACUGUGCCAUUCUAUUAUGUAAAAACAGUUGUUAUUAUUAUCAUUAUUUUUUAAUUGAGACCUUUAAUAGUCAUUAGAGCCAGAAGCUCUGGCCCUACCCCUCGUGGCCCAUUUCGAAGUCCAUCCAGCAGGACAGUAGGCAGUGAUUCAACCUAAAGCGAUCUGCUGUAGAAACAACACAAGAAUCCAAACAUCAGCCCCGUUUCCACCAGACUAACUUUCCAGGGGAACAGGAAGCUUUUGCAGAAUUUAGUUCCUCCACUUCCGACUCCACCAGAGGAAACAGGGUCCGUGAACUAUCAGGGCGAGGCCUGCAAUACUGAGUGUUGCUGACUGGUCAAAUAUGGCGCAGUUGGCGCCGGCUGCUGACCAUUUGAUAUGUCAUUGGGCUAAUGUUUUUGGCCAUGCCGUGGAAAUCCACAAUGUGCUUUUAGCCCAGACCCCACUCACACUGUAUCCGGCCUAGGAGCUUCAGCCCCGUUAUUCACUCAAACUGUGAAAAACCUGGGAGUGUUAUUUGAUAGCAGCC